UGCCAGUGAGAGACCGAGCAGUAGCUCGUGUGAAGCUGCAGCGGCCGGGUAGAUAAAAGCAUCUCGAGCGAGGGCUGAAUACAGGCUGCCUGCAGACGCCGGAGCUGUCUGCUUCACCUCGUUCUGCGGGGACGAGACUCGCCGCUUCUCCUCCUUCCUCCACCGCGCGAGGCGGAUCCACCCUGCCACGCUCCGGUCUUCUUUUAACCGGAGACGCCCUGCGUUUUUGCUCUCGCCCGAAGGGGACAUAAGCGCCGACGUGCCGCGUAGAGCUCAAGGCUGCCCUUCCCCGCAUGCCGAUCCCUUUUGGCUCCGCUCCAGAGGCGCCCAUCUGCACCUGAAGCAGGUCUGCCGCUUUAAGCCCGAUCUUGACGAGACCUGAGCUAAGCAGAGGACAUGUCUUGUCCCCCUCUCCUCCUCCUCUGGCUCAGUGGAGAUCCGGCUGCUACCAGAGGUGCCUCUUCCUAAUUAGAUCAGGUGGAUGUGAGGAGUUAGGAACAGCCAAGCAGAGCAAGAAGCACAGGAGCCUUUUCCCUUCCGCCUCCUGCAAACUGUGGAUUGUGUCGGGCUGCUGCGACGUCACACUGCACCACCUGAUGGAGGGGAAGCAUGCUUGAUUAACUGGCAGAGGGGCAGCAGGACAUGGGCGGUUUGUGAUUGGACUGCGCUGGAACACAAUUUCUAGCCAACUCUGGCCCUUGGUAUCCAGGGGAGAGGCAUGCGAUGCUGAGCUGUCUGCGCUCGGCUGCCUCCAGAUUCAGAGCGGCGCCCCCCCCCGCUACGGCACACGGCUGCUUUCCGCGGCUUCUCCGUACUGCAAGGAGUUUAAUUCCACAGGUAUGCGGCCCACAUGAUCACCGCAAAGGGCGCGCAUCCACCUGCCAAUAUCCAAUGGAACAGCGGCGAUUUUUGGAUCCAAAGAUAUUGACAUCAUCAUCAGUCCCUUAAGAGAAGGAGCGCGCACCGGCUGGAGGGAUCGUCGCGUCACUCGAGGCAGCUCAAUGGCCAGGGUGGAGCGUGGGGGGAUGACCGGGAGAAGCAUCGGGGCGGGAAGCCCAAAGCUCUGAUUGAGUAUUUAACAAGCUGUCACAGUAUCGGCUGACUGCGCUCAUCCCUCACACGCCGCGCUGCCUCGGCAGAACGGGACACUACGAGGAUAUCGCCGGCUUCCACGUUAAGGCCACCCCCCCGCCCUCUCCCCGGCACGGAUGGGAUUCCCGCCCAUCUCUGCCGUGUGGCUGACUCGCGUUACGGAUCCUACCUCCGUCCCUCUUUGGCUGCGAGACCAUCACCACAGUAGGUGCGAGGCAUCAUUAAUUCAUGCCUGAUCCGAGGGUAGAUAAAGCCCGGCUGCAAAUCUGAGGAACCUGGAAGCAACGGCCAACGUCUUGUGUUAUGGCGGGAGAAAAGACUGUGAAGCCGCUGAGGCUUCACUAAUAUCCUGAAUAGCACCAGAGCGCACACUCCUUAUCCCACCUGACCCCCCCCCCCACCAGGUAACCGCUCACCUGCCAAAGGCCUGGUGAUAAAUCAGACAGACAGAUAUGUCUCUUACUGUCCUCCCUUGUGUGGCUCUGCUGGCAUAACUGUGUCCUUGGCUGCAACCGCAAGUCUUCUGGGGACAAACAGGCCGAUGAUCCAGCAAGCUGCAGGGCCCCGAGGGACAGAGGAAGGACACGCCCCUCAUAGCAACCCGGUCUCCAAUCACUGGGUUGGGCUCAGGACGCUGCCAAAGACAACUCUGCUCUGCCUAACUUCCAGCUGGCUGAACGUUUCCUCUCUACUGUCCUUGUGAACUUUACAUGAUGCUGAAACCCAAAUGAGCAGCAUCCCUUUGUGAUGGAUUAACUGCCCGUAUGCGCUGCGCUUUCUACUUUGUACGCCGUUAUCUGUCAAAGACAUGGGGAACUCCAUGGGUUGUGUCAGGCCUCCUCGGGAGGGGGACCCCGCUGGAGCCCCCCGACAUUCACCAAAGAAGCGUCUGCGUUUCAGGCGUAGGCACAAGGGCAAGAAGGGCCGGAAAGGCGAGUUGGAGCAGGGUGACGUUGAGGGACGAGGACGCCGCGGGCCCGACGAAAGGGGGGAGGAGCAUGACGACGGCGAGGGGAGGGUCGCACUGGACGACACCUUGGAAUUCAUCAGCAGAGCCGGGAGUCUUCCAGCGCCGCCUGACAUCGGGUCCACUCAUUCCAAAAGCAAUCUGCACAGCAGUACCCUCGCCCCCCUCUCCUCCCUCUCUCCCAGCCAACGGGGCCACGGGACACUUGAAGUGUCCCCCAAACCCAGCCCGGCCUGGAGAGGGGUCUUCUGCCUCCCUGGGGAGGAAGACACCGUCAGCGGCAUCAUUGAUGUCUCCAGCAUCCCGAGCCAAACCACGAGCACCACCCCGGUCAGCACCGCGCCAGCCCUGGGCAGCACCACCCCCGGGGGGGGUCGGGUCUGUCGCGUCAGGGAGAAGGUCCAAGGGGUCCUUGAGAAACCUUGGCUCCUCCGACAAAAGGAGAGAGAAGACAGGGGGAAGAUGAGGAGAGAAGAAGCCGGAGAGGGGGGGGUCAGAGGCGGACCGGAGGGAGCUGUGGCAGUGGGGCGGACACCCUCGGGGAGGGAGCACAAAGGUGUGGUCCAUAUCCGUGAGGUGGAUGGCAAACUGUGCGUGGUGAGGACGGUGUACCCCAGUGACUUUGGCUCACCGGUGUGGGGGGGUCAAAGUGAUGGCGAGGUGCGCAAAGAGCCCCUCGCCCCCUCCCCGGUCACAGGGAAUAUUCUCAAAGUCCAAGUGUCUGAGGAGGACAGAAGUGGAGCCCAAACGUCUGCAGGGGGUCUCCCCAUAGCCCCGAACCAAAGGCCUCUUCAGCAGACUGCUGCGGGGGGGGGUCUGAGCUUGGACACGCCUGUCCGCCCACAGGGGCGGGCCUCUCUGGGGGAGUCGGGCUACGCCAGUGACCUGCCGCAGACCUCUCCAGAGACGGCGGGCACCACCCCCAGUCAGACGGACUGGGGAGGGCUGACCAGCAGCUCAUCGGAGAGGCUCGACUCGAUGGUGGAGAGUCCUCUGCCUGGGAGAGGCCUUCCACAGAUUUCCGAGAUCUACGUGAGCGGCGAGUCGAGCGACCUCACCGCCAAAGAGAAGCUGUUGCUAUGGAGCCAAAAGGCGACAGAAGGCUACCCCGGCCUCCGCUGCGUCAACUUCACCUCGUCCUGGAGCAACGGGCGCAUGUUCAACGCCCUGCUGCACAGAUACAGGCCCGACCUGAUCGACAUGGAGGCGGUGUCACAGCAGAGUAACCGGGAGAACCUCGAGCAGGCCUUUGAGAUCGCCGAGUCGCUAGGGGUGACGAGUCUGCUGGACGCCGAGGACGUUGACGUAACAUGUCCUGACGAGAAGUCGGUCAUCACCUACGUCUCCUCCAUCUACGAUGCCUUCCCCAAGAUCCCCGAGGGAGGAGAGGGCAUCUCUGCACAGGAGGUGGACCAGCGCUGGUCAGAGUACCAGUCCAGGUUCUCCUCUCUGCUCCAGUGGAGCCGGCAGCAUACGUCCCUCAUGGCCAACAAGAACUUCCCACAGAACCCCGUGGAACUCAAGGCACUUUACAACGAGUACAUCCAUUUCAAAGAGACGGAGAUUCCCGCCAAGGAGGCAGAGAAAGGUCACAUCGAACACCUCUACAAACUGCUGGAGGUAUGGAUAGAGUUUGGUCGCAUCAAGCUCCCUCAGGGCCUCCAUCCCAAUGACCUCGAGGAGGAUUGGGGCAAACUCAUCCUGGAGAUGCUGGACAGGGAGAAGGCUCUAAGGCCGGCUGUGGAAAGGCUUGAACUGCUUCUUCAGAGGGCUAAUAAGAUCCAGAACAUGGCUCUGGACUGUGAGGAGAAGCUUACCCUGGCUAAGAACACCCUGCAGGCUGACAUGUCUCGAGUGGAGAGCGGCGAGGCGGUGCAGUGUGAGAGAGAGUUGGCGUGCUACCUGCAGGACUGUGAGUCUCUCAUCCAGCAACUCAACCAGGAGCUCAAAGUCCUCCGAGAUGAGAAGUACUACCAGGUGGAGCAGCUAAUGUUCAGAGUGUCGUGCCUUCAAGAGGAGCUGGUCUCCCUCAGGCUGCAGUGCUCCAGCGUCUACAGGAAAGGGCACUUCUCCCAGGCUCUGGGCACCACGGUGGUAGAUCACCCCGGCCAGAGAGCCACGGAGGGCGGCCUGACGUUGGGCCAGACCCUGCUGGGGGCCGUGGGCGCAGUCGGCGCCGCGCUCCUGCGGCGCCCGGCGGCCCGCUCCCAGCUGGUGGCCAUGUCGUCAUCGGAGGACGAAGGCAGCCUGAGGUUCAUCUACGAGCUGCUCGGCUGGGUGGAGGAGACGCAGGACCUUUUGGAGCGUGCCGAGUGGGGCGCCGACCUCCCCUCCGUAGAAAACAACCUCCAGGAGCACAACGCCGUCCACACGGCAGUGGAGGAGCUCAUGAGCAGCCUGCAGGAGGCUCGGGGCUACGAGGCUAAAGUGUCUCCCAACUUCAAGAGCAGCUACUGUGAAACCCUGGCCAAGCUGGAGCACCAAUACUGCAAACUACUGGAACAUUCGUCGUGGCGCCUGCGGAGCUUGGAGAGCCUACACGCGUUUGUGGCGCACUGCACCGAGGAGCUGAUCUGGCUCAACGAGAGGGAGGAGGAGGAGAUCGCCUUCGACUGGAGCGACAGCAACACCGCCAUGAACGCCAAGAGAGAGUUAUACGGCGAAAUGAGGUUAGAGCUGGAUGAGAAACAAGAUGUGAUGCGAUCGCUGCAGGAAACGGCCAACCGCCUGUGUCUGGAGAACCAUCCGGCCAAACAGACUGUGGAGGCGUACAGUGCAGCCCUGCAGACCCAGUGGCAGUGGGUGAACCAGCUCUGCAUGUGUGUGGAGCAGCAUCUCAAAGACAACACAGCGUACUUCCAGUUCAUGGGCGAUGCUCGGGACUGUGAGUCGUACCUGCGCCAGCUCCAGGAAACCAUCAAGAGACAGUACACCUGUGACAGGAGCAGCAGACUGAGCAAACUGGAGGACCUGCUGCAGGACUCAAUGGAGGAGAAGGAGCAGCUGAUCGAGUACCGCAGCACGGUGGCGAGCCUGGUGGGUCGGGCCAAGGCGGUGGUGCAGCUCUGGCCCCGCAGCGCAGAGAGCACCUUGGGAGCCACCACGCUCAUAAGGUCCAUCUGCGACUACAGACAGAUAGAGACAAACGUUCAGAUCACGAUAACCCGCGGCGAGGAGUGUGUGCUGGAGGAAAACUGUCAGAGGACCAAGUGGAAGGUGAUCAGCACGACGGGGAACGAGGCCAUGGUCCCCUCGGUGUGCUUCACCGUCCCACCCCCCAACCAGGAGGCCAUCGACACCGCCAGCAGGGCAGAGCAGCUGUACCAGAAGGUCAUGUCUCUGUGGCAUCAACUGCAUGUGAACAUGAAGAGUGUUGUGUCCUGGCACUACCUGCUCAAAGAUAUCAGGACUGUCUCCGGUUGGACCCUGGACACGGUCCGCACUCAGGCCCCCGCGGAGCGGCAGCAGAUCCUGGAUCACCUGGACUCCCAGCUGGCCGACUUCCUGUCCGACAGCAAAGAGAGCGCCGUGUUCACGGCGGGCGAGAGACGAGAGCUGGAGCGGGACGUCCAGCAGGCCCGGCAGCACUGCCAGGACCUGCUGCUCAACAUGGAGACCGUGGAGAAGGACGAGUCAGUCUCCCGUUCGUACCUGUCGGAGCUGCAGAACAUCUCCCUUCGUCUGAACGAGUCGGAGCAGAGACUGAUGAGGGCCAUCCAGACCCCGCCCCCCAGCUGGCCGCUGGGUGACGGCGCCGACUACACUCCUCAGAUUGCCGAGCAGGAGAAGCUGCGGUCGGAUCUGGACGCCGUGCGCUCCAGUCUGGGCGACGUGUCUCGCCGCUGCGUCAGUUUCUUCGAGGAGAAACCAACGUCCUCCGCUGUUCCCGUCCUCCGGUCGGAGCUCAACCAGGCUGUGGAGAAGACGGACAAGCUGCACCACCUCUCCACCGUCUACCUAGAAAAGCUGAAAACAGUGGACGUCCUGAUGCGUAGCCUGGAUGAAGCGGAGAGCCAGGUCAGGACGAGCGAGAGCAGGCUAAGUGAAGACGACGUCGUUCCUGCUGACACGGCGGCCAUUCAAAGCCUCAGAGAUCAACUAGGGGGGUGGCAGGCCGAGCUUGUCGAGCACGAGGGCGUCUUCCAGGCCCUGCAGUCGGAAGUGGGCCGGGCCAAAGAGGCGGGCUUCCAGCUCAGCAGGCUCCACCCGGACCGCAGCUCCGAGCUGGAGCGCUACCAGGAGAGGGCCAAUCAGAUGGCCAACAGGUGGAGCGGAGUGAAGAGACAGAUGGAGACCCGACGAACCGAUCUAGAGGCCCUGGGCUCGGCCCUGCAGCAGUACAGACACAGCCAUUCCGCUCUGAUCAGCUGGAUCGAAGAAACCACGGAGAGACAGGAGAACACACGACCCGGACAGACGGACAGCAAAGCGCUGUCCGAACAGCUGGCCCAGCAAACGGCAUUAGUAGCUGAGAUUGAACAGAAUCAGGCCAAACUAGACGAGUGCCAGACUCACUCCAAGCUGUACUGCACCUCGGUGAAGGACUAUGAACUGCAGCUGAUGACCUACAGAGCCUUUGUGGAAUCUACGCACAAGUUGCCCGUCAAGAGGAGGAGGAUACAUUCUUCCUCUGACGCCAUCACUCAGGAGUUCAUGGACCUGCGCACGCGCUACACAGCCUUGGUCACCUUGACAACCCAACACGUGAAGUACAUCAGCGACGCACUGAGAAGACUAGAAGAAGAAGAGAAAGAGGUGGAGGAGGAGAAGCAGGCCAGGGUGGGGCAGGUUUCAGACCUGCUGGGCUGGGUCAAAGGCCUCCAGGGACGGACCGGGGGCCCUGACGCAGCGUCCUCGCUGGCUGCUCAACAGGCCAUCAGGGAUCAGCUGGCAGCCAAGAAAGAUGAAGUUGCUGAAGCCAUCAGGAGCACUCAGGUCUUCCUGCUGUCAAAACAGGCCAACAAGUUGUCCUCAGAGGAGCGUGCUCAUGUUGAGGCUCAGCUGGACGAGCUGAAGGCCACCUACAAACAUCUGUGUGACAGCUCCGCCCAGCAGCUCCAGCAGCUGGAGCAGCAACUGGCCAAGGAGGAGGAAAGAAAGAACCUAACUGCCAUUGCUGGAGUAAUUGACCUGGGAACAGUGGAAACAUUCCCAGUGUUCAAAGCAGCCCAGCGUGGUCUUAUUGACCAGGACACCUGCUAUGUGCUACUGGAGGCCCAGCUCAUUAACGGUGGACUCCUGCAGCCUGACUCCACUCUCAAUCUGUCUCUGGAACAAGGUCUAGCUGAAGGCCUCAUUGACACGCACACUGGACAGUGCCUUUCCGAGCUAGAGAGAGCCCUGCUUUUGGUGGAAAAUACCCAGUGUACAGAUGACCAACAACAACGUGUGUUGCCAGCAACUGCAGCAAUCGAGUUGGGCCUCAUCAGAGAAGAGGUCGGGCUCCGCAUUUUAGAACUCCAGAUGCACACUGGAGGCCUGAGGAGCUCAAAGGGAACAAUUAUGAGUUUGGAGCAAGCCGAUGACAAGAGACUUUUGCCUCCCGGAGCCUUCACCAAACUCCAGGCGAGGCAACAACAAAGAGAGCUGAUUGAUCCCAACACGGCGGAAAAAUUAAACCUACACGGUCUACUGGAGCGCUGCGUCCUCGACAAUGACUCCGGCCUGCUCCUCCUCCCUGUCAAACAGCAACCGGGAGGCACCGUCUGCCUCCAGUCUGGUAGAAAAGUUGGCAUAUUCCGCGCAGUCCAGGAAGGUCUGAUUGAUCGCAAAGUCACUGUACGACUCCUGGAGGCUCAGCUCUUUGCUGGUGGUAUCGCUGACCCGCGGUCGGGCCACCGGUUGACAGUCGAUGAGGCGGUUCGUCAUGGGCUUAUGGACCAGGAUCUAGCCUGCGCCAUCUUAGCCCGACAGCUCCAAAAUGGGGGAAUUCUGGACCCAGUCAGUGGAGAACGCCUGGAUCUGGAACAGAGUAUAUGCAGGGAUCUUCUCUCUCCUCGUUUGGCUCUGUUGGUGCUUGAGUCUCUUGGGGCUUUCAUGGGAUUACUGUGGCCUGAAUCUGGAGAACUGCUGCCCUUUGUCGAGGCUCUUCAGCAGGGAUCCAUCUCAGGGGAGCUUUCAAGGAACAUUCUGAGGCAGCGACAUGCCAUCGGGGCUUUGUAUAACCCGGAAACCCUCCAGGUGCUGUCCCUAAACCAGGCUGCUGAAGAGGCCCUUGAGCCCAGUGCUGUCAGUUUUCUCAAGAGCACCCACAUCCCAGAUGUUCUUUCCCGCAUGAACCAGUCAGUAACCCCAUCUCUCAAGCGCUUAAGCUGGGGUUCAGCCAGCUCUUCUCCACCUCCAUCCUCUCCAUUGCAUUCAUCGUCUUCUGCAGGCCCUGUUUGGGAUGCAACACCAACAUGUGGGAUCGAUCCAGAAGAGCAAGCAAAGCACAAGCUGCUCUUUCACCUCAUGACUCACAGCUAUGUGGAUGCUCACUCCGGAAAAAGAUUAGUGCUGCUCGACUCUGAGUUGGUGGAGUUGGUCAGAGCUACACAACUGAUUGCUGAAGCCUCUAAAAGUCAAGUUGAGCCAGAAAGCAGAGAUGAACAGGGAGAGCGUCGAGGGGUGAGCGAAUUUAGUUUGGCAGAUUUAGCAUUACGUGAAACACAAACUAAGGUUGAAAAAGAACGUUCUGACAUCACACCAAAUAAAGAACUUAAGAGGAAUAGUAUAGGUAGUGUAGGAGAAAGGUAUGACCGAGAAAGUGAGAAGAACCUGGUGCACAAAUCAUCAGUAACUACAGAUGGGGAUUUAGCCUUUGAAGCUAUCAAUGAACUUGCUGUGGAGAAAUAUGUUAAAGAAAAAGUAGAAGAAACAUCCAACCAUGAAAGUUUAAUGGCUACAGCUAAAAAUGUUGAAGGGCCAAAUGAGCUGGUAGCAACUCAAUUCAAACCGAGGCAUGAUGGUGGCCACCAGGAGGCUAUUAGUACAAUCACAUCAGAAGAAACAAAAACUCCCAAUUCCAAAGCACUGAGAUCCCCAAAUGUGACUGAAGAUGCUAAAUCAAACAAACAAACCAAACAACAAAUGCUUAAAACAGAGCCCGACUCCCAGCAUGCAAUCCUUCAUACUGAUAUCUGUGAUUCAGGAGCGGAAGAGGAAGGGGAGGAUCCUGAAAUAGCAAAGUUAGUCAGAGAGCUCAAACGAGGAGGUCUGUUGACAGAGGAAGGGGAAAAGUUGCUCCCAGAUGAGGCAGUGGCCCAAGGGGUCAUCCCAGGCCACACAGCAGUUAAAUUGAUGGCUCAGACUGGUCUGUUUGGAGGAUUCCUGGAUGCAAGCAGCGGGGAGUCACUCAGCAUGUCGGAUGUUGUGCAGGGGGGUUUACUUGAUGAAGAUCUAAUGUGGAGUGUUCUCAGGGCAGAUAAAACGUUGGCAGGGGUUGUAGAUGCAGAGAAAAAACAGAUCUGCGGCGUGAGGCAGGCUGCUCAGGCAGGUUUGAUUGACCCCAACACCGCUGCUCGACUUCUGGAAGCCCAGGUGGCUUCUGGGGGCAUUGUUGACCUAGGUAGAGAUAAGAAAGUCUCUGUCACACUCGCAGCAAACCUGGGACUGAUUGAGGAGGAUCAAAGGGAAGAAUUGGUGGCACUAGAGAAGGCCUGCAAAGGUAAGGAUACAGAUUUAGCAACAGCCCUCACUAAGGCCAGUUUACAGCUACAAAUGGAAGGUGUUAUUGACCCAGAGUCCAAGUCUCCAGUUCCUCUGGAGGAAGCUAUUCAGAAAGGGUUAAUUAGAUCCGAAGAGGCGUAUCGAGUGUUGGCUCGACAAGUGGCUGAGGGUGGUAUAAUACAUCACGCCUCCGGGGUGAGGCUGUCAGUUCCUGAGGCUGUCGAUAGAGGACUGGUGGAUCGAUCCACUGCGCCCGGGCUGGAAGAACUAGAGUGGGUCUACCAAGGAAAAAUCAGCUCUUCAUCUCAUCCAGAAGCUGUUGUUCUCCAGGCAUCGACAGGAGCUAUUUUGGACCCCGACUCUGGCUGUAAGCUGACCUUAACACAGGCGGUUGCUAGGGGUCUUCUGGAUGAGACUAUUGCCGGAGACGCCAUGGCGUCUUCAACUGUAACAGGAGUGCUCGACCCUGAAAGCGCACGCAUUGUGCCUUAUUCUGAUCUUGUUAACAGGGGAAAGAUAGAUAUUGCGACAGGCAAACGCUUCUUGGAGGUGAAACCCUUCAGAGGUGUUUGGGAUGGUCACACAAGAACCAUGUUGACCCUUCCUGAGGCAGUGGCAUCAAAGCAAGUUGACCCGGUUGCAGCAUUGAGGAUCCUCCAAAGCCAGGCAGACAGUGGAGGGAUCAUUGACAUCAGCACUGGAGAAAGGCUCCCGCUACCCGAAGCCUGUGAAAGAGGGUUAGUUGAAGACAACAUGGCCAGGGUGAUGGCCAGCAACCAGUUUUUGAAAGGAGGCUUAGUUGAUCCCGCCACUGGACAUCGAGUCUCUAAUCUCGAGGAUGCAGUUGCAAAAAAACUGAUGUCCAGUGACUUGGCUUCAGAGAUUCAGGAGAAAUUGGCUUGUGUGGAAAUUGAGGGGCGUGAAGGUAGCGCUUCCGCUGUCGCCGCAGCUAUUGGCACAUACAGCCCGGCUGUUGAAAUGUCAGUGUCGAGCCCAACCACUCCAGCAAACCGGUCAGACGCAAACCCUGAGAUACGUCCAGGAAGUCCACUUGUAAAGAAAGGAUUAGGAAUUCCAUUGGAUGAAGGAAAUACAUUGACAGCUAUAGAAAUGACUAGAAAAGGGGAAACAAUUGUGUCAGCGGAAGAUAUGCCUGCAAUUGAGCGUGACCAAUCCCUAGACCUCCUGUGUGAAUUUGUUACUAGUGUUGAGAAAAGAGUUCAAGAAGCUAUUGAGCAGAUUGUUCCACAGACAGACAUCCAUAAGUCAGAGCCUCCCCAUAAGCAAAAGCCCAAUGAGAGGCUGCAAGUGGUUGUGAGGGAGACUGAAGACAAAAGAGAGGGGAACCUUUUCAGAGAUGAUGUCGGUGAUGCAGACAGAGAUUUACAGGGAGAGGUUGGAAUAGAAGCUGCUGCCAUAAGGUUGGCUGAGGAACAUGUGGAGAUUGGGGAAAAGGAGUGUAGAUGGAGUGAUGAGAGUAAGUCAGUGGUUCAUUAUGAUUCUGAAGAUGGAAACCAGGCAGGCUUUGUGGGGGCAGAGUUUAGAGAUGACCGAGAUGGAAAAGAUGGCAUUGAAGAGGACCUAGCAGCGCAAAGCAAGGAUGUUGAAGACAAGAAGGUCAAUACGAUGGAGGGAGAUGAGCCUGUAGAGAUUAAGACCAAGCCUAGCAAAGACCCGGAGUCGUUGACUUCUCCACCCAUGGAGACGGAAAGCAAAAGCAAGAAGAAAAGGAAGAAUAAAAGGAACGGAAAACACAAAGGGCCAGAGACAGAAAAGCACCAGCCUUCAUCUCAAAUUGAUCAGGCUGAUGCAAAUAUUGAAGGGAAGCCUGAGGCCAUCGAUGUCAUUGCAUCACAGGACAAACCACAGAAAUCCCCGGUUCAUCUCCAAGGAGAACGUGAAGCAGAGAAUGACAGAGAAGGUGAGGCUCAAAAUAAUUUAGUAAAACAGGAACACGAAGCAGUUCCAUCCAUUGAAUUGACAGAGCAUGCCACCGAGCCAGAGAAAGAUGCAAUACAAAUUGCCUUGAAGGAUACAGAAUUCCGUGAUAUGAAAGAGGAGAUGAAAAAGGAGGAACAGAAGGAGCACGGCGAGGAGAAGGCUCAGGAAUGCAGUCAGGAGCUCACAAAAAGAGAAGAGCAAGAAUUCCCUCCAAAAUCUGCUCUACCAAACGACGAGAAAGCCGCCCUGAUACUGAAAGCCAAAGAGAGCAUUCUUAAGAAGGUGUUUGAAAAAGGUGUGAGUGAGAAGCAGGCUGCCGAGGAGCUGCAAGCACUGCGAAAGGAGAGACAAGGCAAGACCGCAAGGACACAACCUCUGCUGGCUAAGGCUGAGGGAGGGGACAGUUAUGAUGAUAAUAUAACGAGACCAAGUGGGUCACAGGAAGAGUGUAAGGAAGACAAAAUGACCAUAGCAGGGGUUAAAGUAGGUGAGGCCCUCAAGGAGGACACGGAGACCCAGGUGUCUUCAAACGAGAAAGAAAAGAACCGAAGCUUUGGAAAGGAAGACGUUGAAAUGGCUCCGUCAGUCCAGCCUGAAGAAAGCGACCAAAGUAGACCGAGAAAGAAGAAAAAGAAGGGUACGAGUCUAAAAGUGACUGACAAAAGCAAACCUGAUACGGAGGAGGUAACAACAGAAAAAGUGGAUUCCGACACAAAAUGUGCAGUACCAAAACCAGAUUUGGAAACUUCCACUAAGGAGCAGCAGAUGGACACACAGCCAGCCAGCCGCAUCGAGAGACCUUCAGCCGUUGAAGGAGAGGCCGUUUUAAUUCAUGUUGACGGAGGUGAGAGCAGCCGGCAGAGUCUUCCAUAUUUACGUCAAUCAGAUGAAGUCCAUUCUCGCACGGAGGAACGCGCCCAACCUGCAGCCGGUACGUCUGUUGGGAUCGAAGAAUCACCGACUGCCUUCUGUCACGAGGCCGUCCCGUGCAAGCUAGCCAUCCAACCCACAGCUCAACCGGAUAAAACGGAGGGGACGGGUAGAAAGAAGAAAAGGCCCCGACCCGCCCAAGCUGAUUGCCCCCGUGUUUCCCAAUCAAAAGACCAGCAGCGCCUCGCGUCGGCCAAAUCAGCGCUCUCAGAAGACUCCUUAACCGAGUGUGACUCGCCAGGAGCCGCCGAGUCUGAUACAGCGUCUGAGAGUUGGGGCGACGGAGAAGACGCCGCGAGAGAGGGUCGACAAUCGGCGCCGAACAAAGAGCGGACCGCCUCCACCGGCAAGUCGUCUUUGAUGCGCCAGGAGUGCCUGGAGCACGACCAGCGACUCGUGGCCCUGCUCUCUAUGGUCCGACACGUGGAGGUCCGACUCAAACAGCAGCAACAGCAGUCCGUGGGCCGCAGCCUCAUCGCCCUGGAGGACAUCAUCCGACAGACCGAGACUCUGGACCUGGAGCUGCGCGACUUGCAGCCCGUGGUCACUGAGGAGGUGGAGGCCGCAGAGGAGCUAUUGAAGCCCCCCCCCAAAGACGUUCCUCCGCAGCUCCUGUUGGCCGUGGAGAAGGACGGGCGGGGCUUGGCUCGAGGCUACGAGGCUGCCACGGCACUUUCCCAAGGCAUUCUGCAGAGUCUACGAGACCAUCGAGACUCGUAUAAGGAGGCAGUAACAGCUGAGCAGAAGUCGCUGGGGGGGCAGGUGGAGAGUCUGCUCUCCUGGUUGCGGGGGACGGAAGCCCAGAUGAACGGAGGAAUGGAAAAAAUGGAGGAGGCAGAGAGAGACGACCAUUGCGAUCAGCUCACACAGGAGCUGAAUCUCUGCAAGGAGCUCCAGUCCGCCCUGACGGCUCGCUCCGGGGAGGUCGACGGCGUGGCCUUCGACAUCCAGGUGUUCGUCUCGGAGCGAGCCCAGGACAUGGCCCCCGAGCAGAGCCGCCGGCUCCUGGGGCAGCUCCAGCAGCUCCAGAGGGCCUUCCACCUGGCGUUCGGACAAGCCCAGGCCUGGGCCGACGCCCUGUCCGCCCAGAGGGCCAGGGAGGAGGAGCGGCAGCGCAGGGAGAGAGUCAAAGAAGACGAGCAGGAGAGAGAAAGGCGGAGAGCGAGGGAGAGAGAGGUGGUUCAACAGCAGAAAGCUGACUGCUCUCAGAAGCUGGAAGGCCUCACCGCGUGGUUAGCUGGAGCGGCUAGCCUACUGGCCAGUCAGAAAGGUGGAGCGGAGUCAUGUGACGUGAACACCUUGCAGGAGAAGCAAAAAAGACUAAAGGAAGCUCAGAAGGACCUCCAGACCAAAGAGGAGGGCAUCACCCAGACCAUCCGCUCCGUGGAAGAGCUGCUGGCCGCCCGGGGAGAGAAUCUGAGCCCAGAGGAGCGGCACAGCCUCCAGGUUGCGUUGACGAGGCUAAAGGAGCAGUAUAGCGCCCUGAAAGAUUCGGCCACCACGUCGCUGUCCGAGGUGGACACUGCCAUCAAUACCACCGUGCAGCAGAACACUCAAAGGGCGAAGGCUGAAGAGGAUCUCCAGGAGACCAAAGGCCAGAUAGACUCUCUGCUCAACGAGCUGUCCUCCAUCAACCCACCAGGCGAGAAAGGCCUUGGAUCCGGAGUGACCCAAGAUGUCACCGCCGCGACCUUCUCUCAACCAGAGGGCGCUGUGAUGUCCCACACAGAGACGCUUCAGGCGGAGCUUCAGCAGCUCCUGUCUCAGCAGGCCCAGCUGCAUCAGAUCGCACAGUCAACCCGCUGCCUUCUGGACCAGCCGGACUCCACUGUGCCUCCUGAAGAGAAACAGCGUCUCCGGGCCGCCCUGGACCAGCUGCAGGCCCAGCACCAGGACCGGCUGCAGAGCUGCCAGGACCGUCUCAGGAAGUCUGAGUCUCUGAAGGAUGAGCUGAUGAAGUUCCUCCAAGAAAAUGGAAGUUUAGGUGCCUGGUUGGAACAAAAUGAACAGGAACUACUUUCCCUGGCGGAAGGAGAAACCGAUGCACAGGGACUGAAGAGCAGACUGGAGGAGCACAGAAAGCUGGCUGAGGAUGUGAUUUGCCACAAGGCGGACCUGCGCUUUGUUUCCAUCUCGGGUCAGAAGGUUCUGGACUCCCUACAAGGAGCUCUGGAGCAAGUCGGCAGUUCGGACCCGGCCCUGGACAGCACCAAGCAGCUGGUGACUGACAAGCUGCAGGACGCCAAUCACCGCUACACAGCGCUACACACCAAGUCAACAGAGUUGGGGGGCCGUUUGUCCGGCCUGUUGGAGCGGUACCAGCAGUACCAGGAUGAGGUCGUCUCCGUCCACUCUUGGCUGAGCGCUCAGGAACAGAACCAAAGCAAAGCCAAGCCCAGCGGGGAGACGGACUCCCAGAACCUGCAGGACACACUACGCCAAGUACAGCUGCUGCAGGAUGAGCUGGCUGAGCGCUCGGUGCAACUGGAGAAGGUGAAGAGAGCAGGACGAGAUCUGGUCAGCACAGACGAGUCUCCUUCCCUGAAAGCUGUUGACAUCCUCUGUGCUGCAGAUGGUUUGGAGAAGAGGUUCGGCUCCCUCUCUGCGUCGGUGUCAGAACGGGCCGAGCAGCUGCAGACGGCUGUGGCUCAGUCCGUCAGCGUCCAAGAGGGCCUGAAGGGUCUGCUGAGCUGGCUGGAGAAACUGGUUCUGAAUCCCGGGCCGGUCGAACCCACCGCACAGGCCGUGCAAGACGCCCUGACACAGAACCAGAAACUUCGCCAGGAGCUGCUGUCCCGUCAGGGCAGCGUGGAGGCCACGCGAGAGUCCAUUUCCAAACUUCUCCAGAGCUCUGACGCCUCCACGGCCUCGGGCCUCCAGGGCGCUCUGGACGAUCUGAGUGAGCGCUACGCCGCGGCACAGGCGACGCAGGGCGAGAGGGAGGCUGAGCUCAAAGGGCUGCUGCCCAGGCUGGAGGGCUACGAGCGGCUGGGGGCCGACCUCCGGGCCUUCGCCCAGAGCCGCCAUAAGGCGCUGAGCCCGGCGGGCCAGCCGGACCGCAGCGUGGACGACUACAGACAGACCAUCGAGGAGGUCAGGUCCGAGCUGGAGCAGGAAGCCGGUCAGCUCACGUCCUUCUGCAACCUCGGCACCGAGCUCAGCCAAUCGAAAGCUUUCAACAACACUCGAACCUUGCUGGAUAACGUCAAAGGCGUGUCUGAUGAGUUCACCCAGCUGGAAGGCAAUGUCAACAAAAGGUUCGCUGCGAUCCAGGCCUGCGAGCAGCAGCUGGUGCAGUUCCGCGGCCUCUCCGGCUCCCUCUCCAGGUGGCUUCAGACGGCGCAGGACCAGCUGCCCCCCAAAGAGGCCAGCCUCAACACGGAGGGCCUGCAGAGGAGAGUCCAGCAGCUCACGGACUUGUUGAGUGACUGGGAGUCUCAGAGAUCAAGGGUCCAGGAGCUGAAUAAGACGGGCUCCGAGCUGGAGUCCCUCAUCAUCGACGUCACAGCGCCUCAGACCAAAACCGGUGCUCCUCACAUCAAUGGCUCAGGUCCCAGCAGUGUCAAUGGCAUUCACACCUGCAAAGACCUGACGGAGCUCCAGCUAGCUGUGUCCGAUGUGAACGGUCGAUACGAGACGCUGGGCGGCGAGCUGAAGGAGCGCCUCGGUCGCCAGGCGACCUCGCUGGAGCAGCGGCAGAAGGCCAGGCAGGGCGCCGACGAGCUCAAGAGCUGGCUGACCGACAGAGAGCACAGCCUGAAGCAGGGGCAGGCCGCCUCCCCCUCCAAGCCCGAGGCGGUACGCGCCCAGGCCCUGGAGAACAAGGCGCUGCUUUCACAGCUGGCCGAGCACUCUGGCCACGUGGAGGCGCUGAAGAGCACGCUGAGGAAGCUGAUUGCUGACAAUCCCGACUCACCUGAGGCCGACACCUGGAGGCAGCAGCUGCAAGAGAUUGACUCCCGAUGGCAGACGGCCAAUCAGGCCGCGGCCGAGAGGCAGACGGAGCUGGAGGCGUGUGCCGACAGGCUGGGCAGCUUUGCCUCGGCGGCGGCUCAGCUGGGCCCGUGGCUGAGGGAGAAGGAGCUGAUGAUGAGCGUGCUGGGGCCGCUGAGCAUUGACCCCAACAUGCUCAUCACGCAGAAGCAACAAGCGCAGUUCAUGCUGCGUGAGUUCGAGACCAGGCGGCCACAGUUUGACCAGCUGACCCAGUCCGCCGAAGGGAUCUUCUCCCAGACUGGCGACUCUGCUCAGGACCCCAAGGACCUGGCGGAGGUGCGGUCUGAGCUGGGCUCCAUCACCCAGCAGUGGGAGGACCUCACAGACCGACUGACCCAGAGAUCGACCCACAUUGACCAGGCCCAGGGAACCAGCGGGCGGUACCAGGACCUGCUCCGAGAGCUCUCAUCCAGCGUUUCUGCUCUGGCCGAGAGGCUGGACGCUCAGGCCUCGCUCAGCGCCCAGCCCGAGGCGCUGAAACGCCGCCUGCAGGAAACCGGAGAGAUCCGCUCGGAGCUGGAGAGGCGUCGCGCGGAGCUGGCCGAGGCGGAGCGGCUCUGCGGCGAGCUGAGCGCCAUCGUGGCCGAACCAUACCUGAAGGAGGAGCUGAGUAAGCGCCUGGAGAGCGUCAGCGGGCCGCUGAAGAACUUGGAGGAGCGCGCAGCCGACGGCCUGUCCCAGCUGCAGGCCGCCCUGUCGUCCACGCAGCAGUUCCAGCAGAUGUUCGAGGAGUUGCGCUCCUGGCUCGACAAGCGGGCCGACCCCGGCGAGUCCCCCGCCGACUCCCUGCCGUGUCAGCCGGAGGCCGUCCGCUCCCUGCUGGCGCAGACGGACGAGCUCCAGCGCGCCGCCGCCGGCCAGCGGGGCUCCUACGAGCUGAUUCAGGCCGAGGGGGCGUCGCUGCUCGCCACGCUGCCGGCGGGCGGAGACGAGCGCGCCGCCCUGCAGUCCCGCCUCGCCUCCCUGAGGCGAGACUGGGAAGGGUUGAACCAGGGCAUCUCGGAGCGAGAGGGCAGGCUGAAGACCACACUCGGCAAAGCGGAGGCCUACCAGCAGCACAAGGCCGAGCUGAUACCGUGGUUCGCCGAGUGCGACCAGAGAGACGCGGCGAUCCAGCCGGCGCUGGACUCUGCGGCGCUGGACGGAGCCCUGCAGAAGGCCCGGGGCUUGGCACUGGACCUCGAGAGGCGACAACCUCUUCUUGAGGCCUUCAACACUGCGGCAGAUCAGCUGCUCGAACAAUGCUGCAUCGGGGAGGAAGAGGUACGUGAUGAGAAGGCCCAGCUGAACGGCAGGGUGGACACACUGGCCGACAGGCUCCACAACCGCACCUCCCAGCUGGAGGAGCUGGCGGGCCGCCUGAAGGAGUUCGAGGAGGGCCGACAGGCUGCAGAGAGGAGGCUGGAGGCCGCCAAGCACCAGAUUGAAGUCCAGGAGGCUCUGGGACCACAGGCAUGCAGCUCCAAGAGCCUGGAGCGGCUGAGGAGUCAGCAGGAGAGUCUGAGGUCCCUGAAGCCUCAGGUGGUCUACCUCAGAGACCUGGCCCAGGGGCUGGUACAGGACGCGCCGCAGACACUAGGAGGCAGCACCGAGGGGGCCCAGAGGCUUCAGGAGCAGGCCAGAGGCACAGAGAAAGAGUAUGAUGACGUGACCGACAAGAUCGAGCAGUGCUGCUCCUCCCUCGAAUCCCGGUUGCAGGGCGUCGGCGAGGUUCAGUCCAACGUGCGCGACGUCUUCUCGCGCAUCGCCGACCUCGACGACGAGCUGGACUCCUUCAGCCCCGUCGGACGCGACGCCGACUCCCUGGCCUCUCAGGCCGACGCCCUGAAGGGCUUCCUGCUGCGUCUGUCCGACCUCAGGGCGGAGCUGAACGGUCACACGUCGGAGUGCACCACCAUGCUGCGGCGGGAGGGCUCCUCCCCCGACCUCCUGGCUCUCAGGAGGGAGUCGGAGGCUCUGAGCCGCCAGGCGUGCAAGCUGAGCGAGCGCGGCCAGGCCAGGCUGGACCAGAUCGAGGACGCAGCGGAGAGGGUCCGAGAGUUCUACAGGCAGGUGGCCCUGCUGCAAGGCCUGCUGGGAAGGGCCGAGGACGGGCUGAGCGCUCAGGGCAUGGUCGGCUCCGAGGUGGAGAUGAUCAAACGGCAGUUGCGGGAGUUCAAGGCCGUGGAGCGACAGCAGGUGGACAGCAUCCAGCCGAAGCUGCAGCACAUCAAUGCAGUGGGUCAGGGCCUGAUCCAGAGCGCCGCCAAGCACACGGACACCCAGGCCCUGGAGCAUGACCUGGAGACCACCAACCUCCAAUGGAACUCGCUCAACAAGCGGGUGGCAGAGCGCAUCGCCCAGCUGCAGGAGGCUCUGUUGCAUUGCGGGAAAUUCCAGGACGCUCUGGAGCCUCUGCUGAGCUGGCUGAGCGACACGGAGGAGCUGGUGGCCAAUCAGAAGCCCCCGUCAGCAGAGUACCGCGUGGUCAAGGCCCAGAUCCAAGAACAAAAACUGCUCCAGAGGUUGCUGGAUGACCGCCGGCCGACGGUUGAGAUGAUCCGCGCCGAGGGAGAGAGGAUCGCAGCCACGGCUGACACUGCAGACCGAGAGAAGAUCGGGACCCAGCUGCAGAGUCUGGCAGAGAGAUGGAGCGACCUGCUGGACAAGGCUGCUGGCAGGCAGAGGCAGUUGGAGGAGCUGCAGGUUCUGGCUCUUCACUUCCACGAAGCUCUGGAGCCGCUGGGAGAAUGGCUCAGUGCCACCGAGAGACGCCUGAGCUCCGCCGAGCCCAUGGGAACCCAGACGGCCAAGAUCACCCAGCAGAUCACCAAGCACAAGGCGGUGCAAGAGGACGUGUCCUCCCGCCAAGCCGAGGUCGACCACCUCGAGUCCCUCAGCCAAUCGCUGGCGCCGCUCAGCUGCGCGGCCGACCGCCAUUGGCUGAGCGAGCGCGUGGGGGCGUUGAGGUCGGGACACUCGGAGCUCACCGAUUGGUGCUCUCGGCGGGCGGGCAUGCUGGAGCAGGCGCUGGCUAACGCCCAGCUGUUUGGGGAGGAGGAGGUGGAGGUGCUGAACUGGCUGGCGGAGGUGGCUCAGAGGCUGGGUCAGGUCUCCGUCCACAGCUCCCAGCACCAGCUGCUGGCCGAGCAGCACAGACACGCUCUGUCUCUGAACGAAGAGAUUGUGAGCAGGAAGAAGACAGUGGACCAGGCCAUCAAGAAUGGACAAGCCUUACUGAAACAGACCACAGGCGAGGAGGUCCUCCUGAUCCAGGAGAAGCUGGACGGCAUCAAGUCCCGCUACAGCGAGAUGACGGCCGCCAGCAGCAAGGCCCUCCGCACCCUGGAGCAGGCCCUGCAGUUGGCCACGCGAUUCGCCAGCGCCCACGACGACAUCAACCAAUGGCUGGACGCCGUGGAGGCGGAGCUCCAGAAUGUGGAGCCCGACGCCACUCCCGCCUACCAGGACCGACAGAAGGAGCUGAAGAAAGUGUCGGCGGAGAAGCGCCUGGUAUUGGACACGGUGAACGAGGUGGGCAGCGCCCUGCUGGAUCUGGUGCCGUGGCGGGCCCGCGAGGGCCUGGACCGCCUGGUCGCCGAUGCCAACCAGCGCUACCGCCAGUCUGACGAGACCAUCACUCAGCGCGUGCAGUUGGUCCAAGCUGCCAUCCAGAGGUCUCAGCAGUACGAGGAGGCAGUGGAAGCAGAGCUGGCCUGGGUCGGGGAGACGGAGCGCAAGUUGGCGUCUCUGGGGCCGCUGAGCCUGGAGCCGGACGUGACCGUGGCCCAGAUGCAGGUGCAGAGGGCCUUCAACAUCGACAUCAUCCGGCACAAAGACACCGUGGACCAGCUGCUUGGCACCAGAGACGACAUCCUGGAGACGUGCAGCGACGCCCAGAAGGACGUCCUCAUAGUGAAGACGGAUUCCCUCGGUGCUCGUUAUGAGGCAGUGAGCCAGAGCCACAGUGAGCGGUUCUCGGCCCUGGAGCAGGCCCAGGUUUUGGUUGCUCGCUUCUGGGAGACCUACGAGGAACUGGAGCCGUGGUUGGGCGAGACCGAAGCCCUCAUCAGCCAGCUGCCACCGGCGGCGAUCGACACGGACGCCCUCCGACUGCAACAGGACCAGAUGAGGCUGCUCAGGGAGUCCAUCGCAGAGCACAAGCCCCACAUCGACAAGCUGCUGAAGAUCGGGCCCCAGCUGGCCGAGCUCAGCUUCCAGGAGGGAGCCGCGGUGACACAACGCUACGCAGAGGCCGAGAGGCGCUACCUGGCCAUCAAAGAGGGGGUCAAGGGUCGUGCAACAACCUUAGACGAGGCAGUGUCCCAGUCUGCGCAGUUUCACGAUAAGAUGGACCCCCUGUUGGAGACCCUGGAGGGGGCGGUCCAGCGGCUGCGGCAGCCUCCGCCCGUGGCGGCGGAGGUGGAGAAGAUCAGGGAGCAGCUGGCGGAGCACCGGGCCCAGGGGCUGGAGCUGGACAAGCUGCUGCCGAGCUUCUCCGCCCUCUGCGCCCGCGGAGAGGAGCUCAUCAGGCGAGCCGCUCACGACGAUCCGGCUGCUCAGGCUGUUAGGACCCGCCUCCUGCGCCUGCGCUCCCUGUGGGACGAGAUCCGGCAGCGGGCCGAGGAGCGGGAGGGGAAGCUCAACGACAUCUUUGACCUGGCCGGGAAGUUCUGGGCCGACGUGGCGGCGCUGUUGAGCACGCUCCGAGACUCCCAGGACAUCGUGAGAGAGUUGGAGGACCCCGGCGUGGACCCGUCGCUCAUCAAGCAACAGAUCGAGGCCGCAGAGGCCAUUAAGGCCGAGACGGACGGCCUGAGGGAGGAGCUGGAGUUUGUCAGGACCCUUGGCGCUGAUCUCAUCUUUGCCUGUGGAGAAACCGAGAAACCCGAAGUCAAGAAGACCAUCGACGAGAUGAACGCUGCCUGGGAGGGCCUGAACCGGACGUGGAGAGAGAGGAUGGAGAGACUGGAGGAGGCCAUGACUGCGUCCGUGCAGUACCAGGAUGCACUGCAGUCCAUGUUUGACUACCUGGACAACGCAGUGAUCAAGCUGUGUGAAAUGUCCACUGUGGGAACUGACCUGGGAACCGUCAAACAGCAGAUAGAAGAGCUCAAGCAGUACAAGGUGGAGGUCUACCAGCAGCAGAUUGACAUGGAGAAGCUGUGCCACCAGGGGGAGCUGCUGCUGAAGAAGGUGUCAGACCAGACGGACCGGGACAUGAUCCAGGAGCCGCUGAUUGAGCUCCGACACCUCUGGGAAAACCUGGGGGAUAAGAUCACCCAGAGACAGCACAAGCUGGAGGCCGCCCUGCUGGCCCUGGGUCAGUUCCAGCAUGCCCUGUCUGAGCUGCAGGCCUGGCUCAACCACACACACACCACUUUGGACACACAGCGACCAGUCAGCUCUGACCCCAAGGCCAUCGAAAUCGAGCUGGCUAAACAUCACGUUCUGCGUAACGACGUUCUAUCCCAUCACGCCACCGUGGAGAACGUGAGCGGCGCGGGCACCGAGCUGCUGGAGUCCUCUCCCGGCGACGAGGCCAGCCACCUCAGGGACCAGCUGGAGCAGCUCAACCAGGGCUGGGAGAGCCUGCUGCUCAAGACCCAAGAGCGGCAGAAGCUGCUGGAGGGCGCACUGCAGCAGGCUGAAGGUUUCCACGGCGAGUUGGAGGAGUUCCUCCAGUGGCUGAGGAGGACGGACAGCCAGCUGUCUGCCGCCAAGCCGACAGGCGGUCUCCCCGAGACGGCCAGGGAGCAGCUAGAGCAGCACCUGGAGCUUCAGGCCCAGCUGGCCCAGCGGGCAGACCAGUACCACCGUCUGCUGGAUCAAGGAGAGUCCAUGCUGCUAGCUCGUGGAGGAGAAGAAGCAGGACCUGGGGCCACUCAGACCCAGCAGAACCUGGCCAUGCUGCAGAACAAGUGGGCCAGCUUCAACACAAAGAUAGACGACCGCAGGGCCAAGCUGGAAGAGGCGGUUUCCUUGGCAACAGGUUUCCAGACCUCUCUGCAGGACACCAUCAACUGGCUGACCCAGGCUGAGCAGACCCUGAACAUGGCCCAGUCCCCCAGCCUCAUAUUGGACACUGUCCUCUUCCAGAUCGACGAGCACAAGGUGUUUGUGAACGAGGUGAACACCCACAGAGAGCAGGUCCUGGCUCUGGAGAAGGCCGGCUCUCACCUCCGCUUUGCCAGCCUGAAGCAGGACGUCGUUCUCAUCAAGAACCUGCUGCUCAGCGUCCAGGCCCGCUGGGACAAGCUGGUCCAGAGGUCACUGGACCGAGGGAGACACCUCGAUGAGGCCCGUAAACGAGCCAAACAGUUCCACGAGGCCUGGAGGAAGCUUACCGACUGGCUAGAAGAAGCCGAGAAGAGACUGGACUCUGAGCUGGAGAUCUCCAACGAGCCGGACAAGAUCAAAGUACAACUGGCCAAACACAAGGAGUUCCAAAAAGCCUUGGGGUCCAAGCAGCCGGUUUACGACACAACAGUGAGGUCCGGGAGGGCCAUGAGGGACAAGGCUCAGCUGCCCACAGACACCCAGAAGCUGGACCACCUCGUGGGAGAGGUCCGCGACAAGUGGGACACCGUGUGUGGCAAGAGCGUGGAGAGACAACACAAGCUGGAGGAGGCUCUGCUGUUCUCCGGCCAGUUCGCAGAGGCUCUCCAGGCCCUGGUGGACUGGUUGUACCGGGUAGAGCCCCAGCUGACCGAAGACCUGCCCGUCCACGGAGAUCUGGAUCUUGUGUCCAACCUCAUGGACUCGCACAAGGCUUUCCAAAAAGAGCUGGGGAAGAGGACCAGCAGCGUUCAGGCUCUGAAGCGCUCUGCUCGGGAACUGAUGGAUACGGGCCGAGACGACACGGCGUGGGUCAAAGUUCAGGUUCAGGAGCUCAGCAACCGCUGGGACACGGUGUGCGCUCUGUCGGUCACGAAGCAAACCCGUCUUCAGCAGGCCCUCAAACAGGCGGAGGAGUUUCGCACAGCGAUACAGUUCCUCCUGGAGUGGCUCUCCGAGGCGGAGCAGACGCUGCGUUUCCGCGGCGUCCUUCCCGAAGAGGCGGAGACUCUGCAGGCGUUGCUGCACACGCAUCGCGACUUUAUGGGAACCGUGGAGGAGAAGAGGACGGACGUCAACAAGGCAGCGGGCAUGGGGGAGGGCAUCCUGACCGUGUGUCACGCGGACUCCAUCACCACCAUCAAGCACUGGAUCACCAUCAUCAGGGCGCGCUUUGAGGAGGUGCUAACGUGGGCCAAACAGCACGAGCAGCGGCUGGAGACGGCUCUGACCGAGGUGCUCAACAACGCCAACCUGCUGGAGGAGCUGCUCUCGUGGCUCCAGUUCGCUGAGACCACCUUGGUCCAGAAGGACACCGAGCCGCUGCCUCAGGACAUCGCACAACUCAAGGCGCUCAUCACAGAACACCAGAUGUUCAUGGAGGAGAUGACGAGGAAGCAGCCGGACGUUGACAAAGUGACAAAGACCUACAAGAGGAAACCAGCUGAGGCUCCAAGCAGCCUGGCCGAGAGGAGAGGAGCCCGAAAACAGCAGCAGCAGCAGCAGGCGGCCAUGCAGCUCUCAGGAGGAAACCCAAGACUCAACCAGCUGUGUGCCAGGUGGCAGCAGGUCUGGCUGCUGGCUCUUGACCGCCAGCGCAAACUCAACGACGGUCUGGACCGGCUGGAAGAGCUCAAGGAGUUUGCCAACUUUGACUUUGACGUGUGGAGGAAGAAGUACAUGCGCUGGAUGAACCACAAGAAGUCCCGUGUCAUGGACUUCUUCAGACGCAUCGACAAGGACCAGGAUGGAAAGAUCACGCGGCAGGAGUUCAUCGACGGCAUCCUGGCAUCGAAGUUCCCCACCAGCCGGCUGGAGAUGACCGCCGUGGCAGACAUCUUCGACCGAGACGGAGACGGUUACAUCGACUACUACGAGUUUGUUGCCGCUCUGCACCCCAACAAGGACGCCUACAGACCGACCACCGACGCCGACAAGAUAGAAGACGAGGUGACUCGGCAGGUGGCCCAGUGUAAAUGUGCCAAGAGGUUCCAGGUGGAGCAGAUAGGAGAGAACAAAUACCGGUUCUUCCUCGGAAACCAGUUCGGUGACUCUCAGCAGCUGCGUCUGGUGAGGAUUCUGCGCAGCACGGUGAUGGUGAGAGUCGGAGGUGGUUGGAUGGCUCUGGAUGAGUUCCUGGUUAAAAAUGAUCCAUGCAGAGUGCAACAUCCAGGACUUAAGAUUCUCCGCUCCGAUUCCAGUAGCUCCAUCUCAUCUCGUAUAGUGACUGUCACUCCUGGCUAUUUCUGCUGCCGAGCUCGCGGCCGCACCAACCUGGAGCUCAGGGAGAAGUUCAUCCUGCCAGAAGGAGCGUCUCAGGGUCUGGCCGCCUUCCGCUCGCGAGGUCGACGCUCCAAACCCGGCUCCCGCAACGCCUCGCCCACCCGCUCCUCCUCCUCGGCCUCCCACAGCGGGGCCUCCCUCCCCUCCGCUCCCUCCACCCCCGCCACACCGACGGCCUCGGCAUCGUCCAGGUCCUCCCAUACUCACUCGCGUGACUAUGCCAAGCCCUGGCUGGCACACAGUAAAACUCCAACGUCAGCCAAGUGCCACUGCUGCCCAGAUCUCGGUCACGGCCACACCACUCCUGGGCACGAGGGGGCGCCGUCAGGGUCCAAACUGAAGAGGCCCACGUUCCACUCGAGUCGAGGCUCGCUGACUGGCGAGAACGGAGGAACGCCGCACUCCAGCAAACCCGCACGAGCCGAUCCCAAACGAGGGGCGUCCACAGCCAGCGGGUCGGCCAGCCGGGCCGGCAGCCGAGCCGGCAGCCGAGCCGGCAGCCGCGCCAGCAGCCGGCGGGGCAGCGACGCCUCGGAGGCAUCGGAGCUCCAGGACGCGCACUCGGUCUGCUCCGACGCCUCGGACACGCCGCGUCGCCCCGGGGCCAAACCCUCCAAGAUUCCCACCAUCUCCAAGAAGGCCCCCAGCCCCAAGAACCCGGGGUCCACCAAGAAAUAACUCCAGCCACGGAGAAGCCGAAGCAGACCCGUUUCCUGGAGGGAGGACCACUUGAUGACUCUUUUGUGUACAAGCGCUUCCGUCUCAGAUCCAUCCCCGGGGCUCAGCAGGGUUUGUGCACUGACUGACGUUUCCGGGGAAGAGGAGGAGAUGAAGUCUCUUUCUCACUAAAAACCUGCACAAGGGGAGCAGCGCUCUGGUCUGGGAGUCCUCUUUUUGAAGCGACCCUCAUUUUGCCUUCCAGUCUCCUGCUUUGUCUUUUAGAACCGAACGCAGAACCGACUGGACGUGAUGCUGCCUUACUCGUACGCUCCGGUCCAGAUGGGACAGAGCAGCCGCUUCAUACCACACUGACACACAAAUACACACAGGGAGUGGAACACGCCACCACCACAGAUACAGAAACAAAAAAAGGAAUAAAGAAUUGCGGGUCAUUAUUUUUGCCUGUGGGCCGGACGCCUCAGCGACGAGUUUAAAAAGAAAAUAUGCAACGACCGCCAUGUGGCCUCCUUCGGACUGGUUGGCGAGGAGAGCGGUGAGCUCAGCAGAUCUGCAAAGCGCAGCCUCCACGCGUGGAGCCGCUCAGGAGGCCAUGUCCGACGCACACACACACACACACACACACACCGGCCAGCCUGAGACCCGAGGACAAACACUCACACACACGGACUCGUCCCAGCCGCUGGAACAUCCACACCAGCCUCGUGUGUGUGUGUGUGUGUGUGUGUGUGUGUGGCUGUGUGUGUGCGCGCAUUUCACCAAAGGGCAGUGUGGUUUUGGGGGAUUUACGACAGAGGCGACUCACCCAGCUAACAGCACAUUACUGACAAUAUACGACACGUGAAACCUGACCCGACGUUCCACAACCAGCAUGCACUAAUCGUCUCUUCCUCUGCAGAUCCUCCUUCAUGUCGACGCGCACAGACACACACUCAAAGCGCUGUGUAUUAUCAUUGUUACAGGAAAUGAUGGAGGUGGUUGACUCGGGUCACUGUAUUGCAAAAAAGAAAUGAAUUUGCGAAUGUCCGUUUAGUUUUUUCUUGUUUUCUGGUUAAUUUAUAAUCCAGUUGAACUUUCAUUUAGCUUGAAAGAAAAUCUAUUUAUUUUUCUGUGUCGUGUCAUAUCACCUUAUGCAGAGAGAGAUUUAGUAUUAUGGUUAAAGAACAUGUUGUUUUGUACAUUACAUCACUCACUCGGUUUCUAACCCUGGUGGCGGCCUUCUUUGUUCAUGUUUCUUUCUUUUUGCUAAUGACUACAAUUCCCAGACCAUGACCAAAGGGCUUUGCCCUUCAAGUCUAGAGAGAACUAAACUAUAUGAAUGACAGGUGACCCUGGGCAGACGGGACCAAUGAGAGCAGGUUUCCUCCCUCAUGUCCCUCCCCCCUAGGCGCUUCUUCUACGCUCUUUUUCUAAAAAGUUGUCUCUGUGUGAUCUCCGUCUAAGAGAUGAAGUUUAUGAAAAACAAAUGAAAUUACAGUAAGAAAGAAGACAUCUUGAGGUGAUUUUUUAUUUAUUUAUUGUGUCUGAGGGGUGAGGGGGAUUCUAGGAGACGAGUCCUCCGCCUUUUGAUGCUGUUACUCGGUGUGAUGCGACCACACGGAAGGAGGGUGUUAAUGGACACAACGGUGUAAAACUCAAAUUAAAACUAUAAACAUGUUUUGUUCUGUUUUUGUAUUAAAAAUAUGCUUGCAAUAAAACCCUCUUGUUUUUGAGUUCUGUUCGGUGCAUCUGUGCAAAUAUGAAACCGCUUUUGGUGUGUGAACGUAUGAGUGAUGUUGAUAAUUGAUGAAUUGUUAAAGUUAAAAUGAUUUCCUCCCUCUAA